UUAUCGGCAGCGAACGUUCCUCCCUCUUAAACAACGAUAAAUCUGGCGAUAAGUUUCUUGGAGAGGAGGCCAGGUUGCUUGUAUACGUCCACUCCUAGUUCGCCGAUGCCCACUGGUUCCUCUCCACAGCCGCUGUAUAAGGUUGGUGGACUAACUCGUUACGCUGCAACUCCGUGGAGGGAAAUUUUAAGAGAAGUGUAGAAAAUGAGUAGCUACAGUUUGAGUGUGCCACCGCCUCCGCCACAAUUCGGGUCCCACUUUGACAGAGUGAAUUCGGCGUACCAAGCCAGUCUGCAAGCUAGCAAAGCAAAUUUUACAGUUAGUCAUUUGUUGGAUUUGGAAGAACUGCCGGCGGAGGACUGCAGUAUGUUUGCCGCCACCGCACCUCAUCAUCAGUCGUCCCCGUCUCAGAUCCACCAUCAUGGGACUCUGUCCCCACAAAACCAUUGUAACCAACCUAGCCCGUCGACGAACCUCAACAUUUCCAGCGUCUCUAACAACAGUAAUGACGAUACAGCCGACAAGAAUCCAGCCUCCACAACAGACGAGGAGCAGAAGAAAGACGAUGAUGGCAAAAGGCGGCGCAAGCAGAGACGAAAUCGGACUACUUUCAACAGUCAACAAUUAGCGGCCCUGGAACGAGUGUUUGAACGGACUCAUUAUCCUGACGCCUUUGUGCGCGAGGAGUUGGCGCGGAGAGUUAAUCUGAGUGAAGCGCGUGUUCAGGUGUGGUUUCAGAACAGAAGGGCAAAAUUUCGGCGCAACGAGAGGAACUUAUUACAGCAGCGAAACAAUAUCUACGGCCGUCCACAGGAAGUGACCCCAGUGGAGCAGCCGAUUUCUCCGCGCCCCGCCCCGAUCUCACCUCCUGAUUACUUGUCAUGGACGUCCCCAAAUCCUUACAGCCCCAAUGUUAGUACACCUUCCAGUUGUGUGUUUUCAAAUAACAACUACUCGCCGCCACCUCACGCUGUUGGGAACAGUAUUGCCUGCCUUAGAUUGAAGGCAAGAGAAUAUAAUAUGCACCCGCAAUAUGGACCUCCCCCACAGAUGCCUCAAUGACCUAUGACCUCUAUGUCUUCAUUAUCGCAAUAUUUUCCAUCCUGAUAUGUACAAAAACUAUUAUGAACUGAUGGUGCAGCUCUGUUCGUCUGUUGCAUAUUUCUAUGUGGUUGAUGAACCAUGUUAUCAAGAGACAGGCUAUGUUUUUGCAAUAAUCUGUACCAGACCGAAGUGUCUUUCUACAGAUUUGAACAUCUCGGACUGUGGUCUUCACUGUACUAUGCAAUUUAUUAAAUAUGCAACAGCAUUGAUUCACAGCGUAUAUUCGUGUGCCAAAUUGUAUCAAGGCGAAUUGCAGUUUAUGUUCAUUUUAUUGGACGGGUGGUUUUUAGAAGCUGUGAAGACAACUACGUCUAUGUGUACGUGUACUUAAAUGACUUAGACAGUGUUCACAGCAAGAGACACUCAUUCCUUCAGUGCCUCUAGAACAUUCUGAAGAAACAAAAUAAGACAAUGUCACAUACAGUUCUUUGAAACUUAGGAUGUAAGCCAUCUAUGAGUUAGUAAACUUUAUGUGGGGCAUAUUUACAGAUCAUUUGUUCUGUAUGUUAAAAAAAGCUUAAAUGUCUAAGGGUAACACACAUGUAUCUUUGGCCAGACGUUUCAUUUCAGAAACUGGCCAUACCUUGGCUUAAUAAAUAGUCUUUAAUCUAUGCCUACACUUUCGAAUAAAACAAUAUUUAAUACAGAAGUGUAGUGUUGCUUAGACACAACGCAUUAACACAUAUUUGCAGUGCUGUUAAAUCAAAACCAUAAACAAGACACGAAUAUUUGUUGACAGCGACUCAAUGUGUCCAGUAAGUCGAAUGUGAUAACUCUUUCCUCAAAUCUGAAUAUUUUCCCAUAUAAUUUCCCAUAAUCUUGAAUUUUGCUGACAGAAACUAAGCGCAAAUUCAGUUUAACUGUGUAAUCCUUAAAACUAUGUCAUAGAGCUGUUGUGACGAAACGUCACGCGGUGAGUAACUCUAUCUCUCCAAUCAGUCCAGUGUAAAUGUCUUAAGGUAUAUAUGAUCUGCAAACUCCAUGUCAUCAAAAUGUCAACCAAGUUCUUUUGGAUCCUGCCCGAGACAGGUACCUUGGUCCCUAUGCUUAUUCUUCUUGGGGUGCACACUAAACUUCCCUUUAGUUUGUACGCCAUCUGGUGUACUGUGAUGAUAUUCUUGCUCAAUCGUGUUGUUGUGAAGACUUUCUAUCACUGCCUUUUGGCAUCGUCCUGUGUCCUACAUAAACUGUUGUCGAGAGGACUACUUUAUCAGUUUAAUCAACAAUGUCCCCAUGCACAAAUGGCGACUGAGAGCAGUGGCAGAACGUUCACUGAUGCCUGAUUUCUAUCAAGCCAUAGGUGAUAUGAAGCGUCAAUCGCUCAUCACUGAUGCCUCGUGCGUACAAAAAUAGGAAUUGUUUUAAGUUUAAAUCCCUUUAAACCAUUUCAGUUACAAAUAUGACAUUACCGAUUUUCCCCUCUUUCUGUGAUGUCUGCCAAAGCCUCUUCCACCGUCCAGUUUUUCAAAACUAUUGUUCUAGCAGACUAGUAUGUUACGUACAUGUAACAUUGCAUUGAUAACGAGUUGACUGGAGAUCUACAUAUAGGUUUUGAGAACAAAAUAUCACACCGGCAAACAUCUACGGAGAAAUAAAAGUGACACGGUGAAAAAAAGUUUGGAAGGCAAAAAAUUGACAUUGUAAAACACGAUGUGGGUGUAUG